UCCUCCCACCUCGGCCUCCUAGAGAGCUAGGAUUACAGGCUUGAGCCACCAGGCCCGGCGGAGAGAAGACUGGCGUCCGUCAGGCCUUCACCCGCCUGGCCCGACUCCUCACGCGGCCCGGCCUCCCCCCUCGCCUCCGGCCGGGCUCCGCCACCCGAGGCCCUCCCGCCGCCUUAGGCCCAGCCCGCGCGGGCAGUCCCCAGACACAGCCCAGCGUGCCAGCCCCGCCCCAGUCCCUCGCGAGGAGUUCCAGGUUUCCCCAGGAAACCAGGCAGGGGCGGUAGCCGCCGCGAGGGGGCGCUACGACAAGGCCGAGGUUGCCAGCGGUUCCCAUGGCGUUCCCGGGCGACGGUUCCCUGGGCCUUCUGGCUUGGCUGCUGCUCCUUCAGCCCCCGCUCGGCGAGACCCAGGCGGGAGGCGCGGGGGCGCAGGGUGGGCCGGCACCGCCCUCACUCUCCCCUCUCCCUUCAGUGGAUGGCGGCGAGGACCUUGGAGCAAGCAGGCGGCAGCCACCACCUGAAGGGGCUCCGAGGCCCCCCGCUCCCCCCCAGUCCAGGGGGAGCACAGUGUCACCUAAUUCGGUGGCAUUUACUUCAGGUGUCUCUGAUUCUUAUGACGAUAUGGACGCUGUGGCAAUCUCACAGACAAAAUCAGAAUGGGUCGGAAGAAAAGCUGGUUCAGCAUGUGGCCAGAGGGCUAUGAGGAUUGUCGGUGGAAGUCCUGCCCCAGACAGGAAGUGGCCCUGGCAGGUGAGCCUGCGGAACUAUAACGGACAUCUCUGCGGAGGCUCCCUCAUCACCAACCGGUGGGUGUUGACUGCAGCCCACUGCAUAGAGGGCUAUGUGGAAUACACGGUGAAGAUGGGAGGCAUACAGCUGUACCAAGAGUCCGACACUUCAGUUGUGGUCCCAGUUGAAGACAUUGUUGUCCACGAAUAUUAUAGUCACAUUAACCUUAAAAAUGACAUCGCCCUUGCUCUGCUUGCCUUCCCUGUGAAUUACUCCACACACAUCCAGCCUGUGUGCCUCCCUGAAAAGACUUUCAUGGUGAAAUCGGAUACGGAGUGCUGGGUGACUGGAUGGGGCAGACUGAAAGAAACAGAUCCAAUAUUGCCACGGGAGCUUCAGGAGGCUGAGCUGAGCAUUAUCCGUCGUCCGGAAUGUGCUAAGAUAUUCAGGGAAAAGCUGAGAGUACCUGGUGAACCGAUCAGAGAAGGGAUGGUCUGUGGCUAUAAUGACAAAGGAAAAGAUUCCUGCCAGGGAGAUUCUGGGGGGCCCCUGGUCUGUGAAUUAAAUAACGCGUGGAUCCAGGUGGGGAUUGUGAGCUGGGGCCUCGGCUGCGGUAAGCAAGGAUUUCCUGGAGUUUAUACGGAAGUUAGUGUCUAUAGGGACUGGAUCAAUAGUCGCCUGAGUCAAGCUUCCUGUCUGGACUCAACAGGCUUCCUUGGUCUGUUCCUGUGUCUAGUGCUGCCUCUGGACAUCCUGGUGACUCCAUGAUGGCCCCAGCACACUCCCCUCCUGUUUCUGAGUCUCAAACUUAGGCAUCUCCUCCGACUAACCUCCUGCUCCUUCUCUGUGCCCUUUCCUCAAAUCCCAGUUGUGAUCCCCUGGCCCUCUGGAGAUCCACACAAGCGAGCAUGGCAGGGAGACUGGGGCCUGGAAAGUGUCCCUGCCUGGUGCUCCGGUCACCUGCCUUGGCCACCCCUACACCUGGGCAUGCUCUGCCUGGUGGGAAGGAGGGGACGAACCGAUGCCAGCUAAGGGGCCAGGACCUGCCAGGUGGGGCAUGAUGACUCAUCGCCAUCUCGGAGAACAUCUGCCAAAGAAGAGACACCACCAACGGUGAACAAGCAUUAGACCUGGUCGUGGUUUCAGGGCUCUCACCUGAGACUUUGUGAAGCAGUCAGCUUGGUGAUUGCUCAGAGAGAGUGAAGGAGGCGUUGCCAGGUCCCUGCAGAGGUGCGAGGCCUCGAAUACAUGUGGCUCAGUCGUCUGGGGCUGGGAGAAGCUCCCCUGUGCCCCACUGUGGAUCCAUGUGUGAGUGGACAGCCUCUGCCACACAAGCCCUGUUGGGGUGACCCAUUCUUGGCACCCCCUUCCUCAGUGUUCUAGGGGCCACAUCCAGGGACCCCCACGUUGUUUUGAGAUAGUUAUGGAGUGCAGUUUUCAGAAAUCACCUGAAUAAAAAACGUUUAGAGAA